GCUGGAGGCUGGACGGGAGAGGAGCGAGGCAGCGGUGCCAGCCCGCCCCGUCCCGAGCGGGCAGUGCUGGGGGAAAAGCCCUCGCCCCAUGUGCUGAGGUGCGGAGGGAUGGAGCUGAGGGGCGGUGGCGGCUGGACCGGUCGCGCCGGAGCACCGGCUCCCGGCUGGACGUGCCUCUUCCCGUUGCUCCUGUGUGCAGCGCUCCAGAGCCUCCUGGCCAGCCCCGGCAGCGAGGUGAAUUUACUGGAUUCACGCACAGUAAUGGGAGAUCUAGGAUGGAUAGCCUACCCAAAAAAUGGGUGGGAAGAAAUUGGUGAGGUGGAUGAAAACUACGCUCCAAUCCACACGUACCAAGUGUGCAAGGUAAUGGAACAGAAUCAGAAUAACUGGCUUCUGACCAGCUGGAUCUCUAAUCAAGGGGCAUCCCGCAUCUUCAUUGAGCUCAAAUUCACCCUGAGGGACUGUAACAGCCUUCCAGGAGGACUCGGGACUUGCAAAGAGACUUUUAACAUGUAUUACUUCGAGUCAGAUGAUGAAAAUGGGAGGAACAUCAAAGAAAACCAGUACAUCAAGAUCGAUACCAUUGCUGCUGAUGAGAGCUUCACAGAGUUAGACCUUGGUGACCGAGUUAUGAAGCUAAACACAGAGGUGAGAGACGUUGGGCCCCUAACAAAAAAGGGAUUUUACCUUGCUUUCCAGGACGUGGGUGCCUGCAUCGCCCUGGUCUCCGUGCGCGUGUACUACAAGAAGUGCCCGUCGGUGAUCCGCAACCUGGCCCACUUCCCCGACACGAUCACAGGAGCAGAUUCCUCGCAGCUGCUGGAGGUGUCAGGCAUCUGUGUCAACCACUCAGUGACUGAGGAGGCACCCAAGAUGCACUGCAGUGCUGAGGGGGAAUGGCUGGUGCCCAUUGGGAAGUGCUUGUGCAAGGCAGGGUAUGAGGAGAAGAACAACACCUGCCAAGUAUGCAGACCUGGGUUCUUCAAAGCUUCACCACACAGCCCAUCCUGCAGCAAAUGUCCCCCUCACAGCUACACGCUUGAUGAAGCAUCCACAUCUUGCCUGUGUGAAGAACACUAUUUUAGGAAGGAAUCAGACCCACCUACAAUGGCCUGUACAAGACCCCCCUCUGCUCCUCGGAGUGCCAUCUCAAAUGUUAACGAGACUAGUGUCUUUCUGGAAUGGAAUCCCCCUGCUGAUACUGGUGGAAGGAAAGAUGUGUCUUACUAUAUUGCAUGCAAGAAGUGCAGCUCACACUCAGGUCUGUGUGAGGCGUGUGGCGGUCAUGUCAGGUACCUCCCCCAGCAAAACGGCCUGAAAAACACCUCUGUCAUGAUGGUGGAUCUGCUUGCUCAUACAAACUAUACCUUUGAAAUUGAGGCAGUGAAUGGAGUGUCCGACCAGAACCCUGGAGCCCGGCAGUUUGUGUCUGUAAAUGUAACCACAAACCAGGCAGCACCUUCUCCAGUCAGCAGUGUGAAAAAAGGGAAGAUAACUAAAAAUAGCAUCUCCCUUUCCUGGCAGGAGCCGGAUCGACCCAACGGCAUCAUCCUGGAAUAUGAAAUCAAAUACUUUGAAAAGGACCAGGAGACCAGCUACACCAUCAUCAAAUCCAAAGAGACGAUGAUGACAGCAGAUGGCUUGAAACCAGGCUCAUCCUACAUCUUCCAGAUCCGAGCCCGGACAGCUGCUGGCUACGGGGUCUUUAGCCGAAGAUUUGAGUUUGAAACCAGCCCAGUGUUAGCUGCAUCCAGCGACCAGAGCCAGAUUCCUAUAAUUGUUGUGUCUGUAACAGUGGGAGUCAUUCUGCUGGCUGUCGUUAUAGGCUUCCUUCUCAGCGGAAGGCGAUGUGGCUAUAGCAAGGCCAAACAAGAUCCAGAAGAAGAAAAGAUGCAUUUUCAUAAUGGCCACAUUAAGCUGCCUGGAGUAAGGACCUACAUUGACCCCCACACCUAUGAGGACCCUAAUCAAGCUGUCCAUGAGUUUGCUAAGGAAAUUGAAGCUUCAUGCAUAACCAUUGAAAGAGUUAUUGGAGCUGGUGAAUUUGGGGAAGUAUGCAGUGGGAGGCUGAAGCUGCAAGGCAAACGUGAGUUUCCUGUGGCUAUCAAAACCCUGAAGGUGGGCUACACGGAGAAGCAGAGGAGAGAUUUCUUGGGAGAAGCAAGCAUCAUGGGCCAGUUUGACCACCCCAACAUCAUCCACCUUGAAGGCGUCGUCACGAAAAGCAAACCAGUAAUGAUAGUGACUGAAUACAUGGAGAAUGGUUCUCUGGAUACAUUUUUAAAGAAGAAUGAUGGGCAGUUCACGGUCAUCCAGCUGGUUGGGAUGCUGCGAGGCAUUGCAUCAGGAAUGAAGUACCUGUCUGACAUGGGUUAUGUACACAGAGAUCUGGCUGCCAGGAAUAUCCUGAUCAACAGCAACUUAGUCUGCAAGGUGUCAGACUUUGGCCUCUCCAGAGUCUUAGAAGAUGACCCCGAAGCAGCCUACACAACCAGGGGAGGGAAGAUCCCCAUCCGAUGGACGGCACCCGAAGCGAUCGCCUUCCGCAAAUUCACGUCGGCCAGCGACGUCUGGAGCUAUGGAAUUGUCAUGUGGGAGGUGAUGUCCUACGGUGAAAGACCCUACUGGGAAAUGACAAACCAAGAUGUGAUUAAAGCUGUGGAGGAAGGCUAUCGCCUGCCAAGUCCCAUGGACUGCCCUGCUGCUCUCUACCAGCUCAUGCUCGACUGCUGGCAGAAAGACCGCAACAGCCGCCCCAAGUUUGAUGAAAUUGUCAGCAUGUUGGACAAGCUCAUCCGUAACCCCAGCAGCUUGAAGACAUUGGUUAAUGCAUCAAGCAGAGUAUCAAAUCUGUUGGUAGAGCACAAUCCAGUUGGAAGUGGUGCCUACAGGUCAGUGGGAGAGUGGCUGGAAGCCAUCAAAAUGGGGCGAUACACGGAGAUCUUCAUGGAGAACGGAUACAGCUCGAUGGAUGCUGUGGCUCAGGUGACCCUAGAGGAUUUGAGGCGGCUGGGAGUGACACUUGUUGGUCACCAGAAGAAGAUAAUGAACAGCCUUCAGGAGAUGAAGGUCCAGUUGGUGAAUGGGAUGGUGCCAUUGUAACUCAGUUCCUCAAGGGGGUUGGUCCUGCACUUUGUACAUGAGCCCUGAGAUUUAUUUUGACUAUAAAAAAAAA